GCGCGGUCUGAGCAUGCGCAGGCCAACGCUCCCUAUCCGCUCCUCGCUUUCUCAGCCUCUCGGGAGUCCAUCCGGGUCCUCGACUGGCUGGUUGCCAUGGCCGGUUGCCAUGGAGCGCCUCAAAGCCGGAGUGUGUGUUCCAGAGGGAGAGAGCGGCUCUGCGGCGAGGAGGGAGGCCAUGUCUGAAGGCCACAGCCAGGCCGCCUCGGAGCCCGGGCCCCAGGGGGAACAGGAAGAGGAGAGUCUUUCUGCACGUACUUAUGAGUCAGACACGGAACUGAAAUUGAAGAAGAAACCAGCUCGCAUGUCACCCAGAUCACCAAAAUCUCCGUAUACCUCUACAACAUGUUUCCACUCUGCAAGGGCUGAAUUUUCGAGAUCCUUUAAAGGCACCGAGAGAAAGAAAAGUGAAAUCCCUUCGGCCAAGUCAUCCGGGCAGCUGUGGCGUGGAACACUCAAGCAAGGUGGCAGGGCAGGCGAGAGAAACCCAGACCUUCCCCUGUGUGCUGCGCUGUCCGCUCACCCUGGCAGCACUCCAGAAUAUCUGAAGGAAGCCUUGGGCAUGAAGAAGCCAAACCACACUCGCUUCUCCAGCAGUGGCUAUAUCCCUGGAACUCCAGGCUACAAAGAAAAGGAAGAUAUGUAUGAUGAAAUUAUUGAAUUAAAGAAGACUAUACAAACCCAGAAAAAUGAAGCAGAUCGGAUGAAAACAAAGCUCCGGCGACUGGAGGAGGAAACCAGCCGAAAAGACAAGCAGAUUGAGCAGCUCCUGGAUCCUUCCAGAGGAUCGGAUUUCGCAUGGCUACGGCCAGAGCUGAGGACUGAUUCCAAUUCGGUCAUCAGUGGAUUGAAGCGAAAGAUUCUCAAACUGGAACAGCAAUGCAAGGAGAAAGACAAAACUAUUCACAAACUCCAAACAGAUGUGAAGACCACAAAUGUGGAGGAAAUGAAAAUUGCGCUGAAGAAUUACUACGAGGAGAGCCAUCGACUCCAGAUCCUGCUGGCAAAAUCAAAGGCUGUGCGACGAAACUCUCCUGAGAGCUCAGAGCAAAAGGUGCUCAACACCACGAUCCUGCAGUUUUCCAGGAGCAUCAGGGAGUUACAAGAAGAGAAUCGGAAACUGAAAGAAGAUCUAGACCACAUGUUGUGCAGUUCUCCUGCCCCCAGUAAAGCCAAAAGUUACAUGGAAUGGAGCAAACAGAGGCUGGUUCGGCAGAUUGCAAAGCUGGAGAAAAAAAUAGAUGGGCUGGAGAAUGACAGGCUACAACGUCCACAAGUCAGUGCCUCACGUGUGCUCACCCCACCAGCUUCUGCUCACUUGGAUCCAUCUUUUGCUGAGGAAUCCGAUCCUCCAGAGAACUUUGAUCAUCUGCACAAGAUAAUAAAGAAAUUGAAAAGCCAAAGAGUUGCCCUUCAGGAUCAGCUGGCUCUUAAAGAGAAAGAAAUACAGAAGUUGAGAGAGGAAGUGAGAGAACUGGAGAAAAAUGAAGAAAUACAUUCUAGACAGACUGGGACUGAUGCCACAGAACCACCUGACCAGUCACACUCAGUUUCUAUGAUACGCUUAAAGAAAUUAAACUUUGUGUUUUCAUCACCUUCCUCUGCGGAAAGUCACAGGGAAGAGCAAGCAGCUCAAGUCAUCCAGAGGCAAUGGAAGGCCUAUAAAGCCAAGACUGCAGAUUCAUCAUGUGGGACCAGCCUGUCACAAAUCACUGCUGAUUGCAGCAUUGGAGAAGAUGAUGUGAGGCUGAUUCAGUCGGUUUUCCGGGCUCACAUCACACGGAUGCAACAUCAAGAAAGGUCACGGAUCUCUAGCCUCGAGAGUCGGAAAGCAAACCCAGUUGCCUUCGCUGGAGAGGAAAAGCCAGUCUGGUCUCCAUUCAGACAUCCGCCACUUGCCUUCACUUUAGUGCCAACCACAUCUUCCUCAGCUCCGCAGCAGCCUCCUUCUUCGCCACUUGCGGACGAAAUCCAUUCGGACGAUUCCGAUGACAUUAUCACAGUGCCUCCAUUGAAGAAAACAUCUCUUGAUUUCCACAGCUAUCUGCCACCUUCUCCCGGCCUGAGCUAGGAGCACACUACGGAGAGAGCUGAAGAUGACACAUUUCACCAGUAGUUUUGAUCAGAAGGGUCAUCCAUUGCCAAUCUAUCCCCCAAAGUUGAUAAACCCUACCUCUGCUGCUGCUUCCACCUCUGGGACCAGCUCAGGCUGUUCAGGUCUUCACGGCAGGGCUUCUAAACUCCCCUCUCCACAGCUGAAUAAAAUCCCAUAUGAUCUGCUUUGAACUGGGAUAUGCGGCAGUGUGGACUCAGAUAACCCAGUUCAAAGCAGAUAUUGUGGGAUUCUCUGCCUUGAUAUUCUGGGUUAUGUGACUGUGUGUAAGGGCCCUAAGGUAUCAAACUAUAAAGCUGUGCUUGAUCAGACCAAAGGCCAAUUGAAGCCAGGACUCUGUUCCCAGUCCAACCAGUUAGAGCCUGAGCCACUAACAAACUCCUGCUGGUGUUAAUUGGUAUUAGGGACAUAUUGCCUCUCCUGUUACAGGUAACAUAUAUUUCUAUCAUGAUGGUGGAGCCAUUGAUAGACAGGUUCAAAAAGGAGAAUACCGAUCCCUUCUUGUGCGCAGACAGAGAGAGGAAUAUCGAUGUAUUGUCAAAGGCUUUUAUGGCUGGAAUCACUGGGUUGUUGUAGGUUUUUUCGGGCUAUAUGGCCAUGUUCUAGAAGCAUUCUCUUCUGACGUUUCAUCUGCAUGUAUGGCAGGCAUCCUCAAAGAUCUCACAACCUCUGAGGAUGCUUGCCACAGUUUUGAAGAGAGAUAUUGACAAGCUGGAAAUUGUCCAGAGGAGGGCAGCUAAAAUGAUCAAGGGUCUGGAGAACAAGCCCUAUGAGGAGCGGCUUAAGGAGCUGGGCAUGUUUAGCCUGAAGAAGAGAAGGCUGAGAGGAGAUAUGAUAGCCAUGUAUAAAUAUGGGAGAGGAAGCCACAGGGAGGAGGGAGCAAGCUUGUUUUCUGCUUCCCUGGAGACUAGGACGUGGAACAAUGGCUUCAAACUACAAGAGAGGAGAUUCCAUCUGAACAUGAGGAAGAACUUCCUGACUGUGAGAGCUGUUCAGCAAUGGAACUCUCUGCCCCGGAGUGUGGUGGAGGCUCCUUCUUUGGAAGCUUUUAAACAGAGGCUGGGUGGCCAUCUGUCAGGGGUGCUUUGAAUGCAAUAUUCCUGCUUCUUGGCAGAAUGGGGUUGGACUGGAUGGCCCAUGAGGGCUCUUCCAACUCUAUGAUUCUAUGAUAAUCUAGCUUCCGAACAUUGGACAAGUUGUCGUUUCCAGGCUGUCUUCAAGGGUAGCCCCACACAGAGUGCAUUGCAGUAGUCUAGAGGUACUUGAGGCAUGGACUGCAGUUGGCGCACGAGCUUUAAUUGUGCGAAGGUCCUCCCGGCCACUGCUUCCACAUUUUCUCCCUCUAUUUGCCAGUUAUCAAUCAGAGCAGUUCAGCAGUGGAACUCUCUGCCCCAGAGUGUGGUGGAGGCUCCUUCUUUGGAAGCUUUUAAACAGGCUGGAUGGCCAUCUGUCAGGGGUGCCUUGAAUGCAAUAUUCCUGCUUCUUGGCAGAAUGGGGUUGGACUGCAUGGCCCAUGAGGUCUCUUCCAACUCUGUGAUUCUGGAAGAUGCAGGUGAAACGUUAGGAGAAAAUGCUUCUAGAACAUGGCUAUACAGCCCAAAAAACCUACAACAACCCAGAGAAAUAUCUUGCAGUUUUUUUUAGUGUUCAGGUUUUGUACUUAUCCCAUUAGCUUCGAUGUCAUAAAAGCAUAUGUGCUAGUGGAAAGUACAAAAAACACAGCAAGCUCCUGGGCUUCACAGGGCUCUUGAUCCAACAGCAAUCAGAGCCAAAGGCUUCAAAGGUUUCAGAGCAGAAGGAGAGCUCUGGGAAGAGGCAGGCGAUUGGCUAAAAGCUGUAAAAGGUAAAAGAGUGAGGGGCCACAUUCAAUAGCUGGCUUUUCCGUAGAACAUGGCCCCCUAACUACUUGAUCUUCCAGCAAUUCCAUCAGACUCUGGUUCUUACUGGGAACAUUUUGUGUGUGUGUGUGUGUGUUUUUUUUUACUCCAAACCAUUUUUAUGUUAACAUCUGUAAUGAAUUGACCAUCUCUCCUUUCCAAACAGUUGUGCUCAUUUAUGAGUUCCUUUGGGGAGAGAGGGUGGGUUAUUAAUAAACUUUUUUAAAGUUGU